UUCUAAAAGUCGAUUCAUGAGAAAUGGUGCAAAAAAUUGAAAUUGCUGUUAUCGGUGUAGGAGUAGAUGGAAAUGAAAAAUUGGAUUCAUUAAAUGAUAAUUCAUAUUCAACAUUUCGUCGAACAUUGAAUGCAUUGAGACGUAGAUUAACAAGAAAAAAGAAUCGUUCACAGCCGCCUGACAAGUCACUAGAUAAGUUUUCUGUAACCAAUCAGACAUCAGUUAAUCAGCAGCAGUCAACGACCGGUGGUAAUCCUUCAGAUGGAGUUUAUAGUCGUUUAUCCUUUGACCCGUCUUUGUCGUCUUAUUACCGGUGGCUAGCAAUCGUCUCUCUUGCUGUACUUUAUAACAUCAUCUUCGUCGUGGGACGUGCAAUCUUCUGGGAGAUAAACAAAAAAGCAACAUUUUUGUGGUACUUCUUGGAUUAUUUAUGUGAUUUCAUCUACUUUCUCGACACAAUCGUUCACUGUCAUGAAGGUUACCUCGAACAAGGUCUGUUAGUACGUGAUGCUAAAAAAUUACGUCAGCACUAUUUUAGUACGAGUCAUUGGCGUUUAGACCUUAUAUCAAUGUUUCCAACUGACCUUGCUUAUGUGUGGUGGGGACCAAAUCAGUGUAGCUUUGAUCGAGUGCCGUGUGCAGUUAUUGUUCGUAUAAAUCGUCUUCUACGUUUGCCUCGAAUGUGGGAAUGGUUUGAACGUACAGAAACAGCUACAGGAUAUCCCAACGCAUUUCGAAUAUGUAAAGUCGUACUAGCAAUAUUAGUUUUAAUCCACUGGAAUGCCUGUCUCUAUUUUGCCAUCAGUUAUGCUCAAGGUUUCGGCAGUGACAAUUGGGUAUACAAUUUAAAUGGCACUCAGAAUGCGUCGCUUACCCGACAGUACAUCUACAGUUUCUACUGGUCAACACUUACUCUGACCACAAUUGGCGAAACUCCAACACCCGAAAAUGAGACCGAAUAUUUGUUUGUUGUUGCUGAUUUCUUGGCUGGUGUCUUAAUCUUCGCUACCAUCGUUGGAAACAUAGGUUCAAUGAUAUCAAAUAUGAACGUUGCCAGGGUUGAGUUUCAAAACCGAAUGGAUGGCGUUAAGCAGUAUAUGGCAUUUCGUAAAGUUGGAGGCGAAUUAGAAGCACGAGUGAUCAGAUGGUUUGCUUAUACUUGGGCACAAAGUGGUGCCCUUGAUGAAGAACGAGUUUUGGCUGCUUUACCUGAUAAACUCAAAGCUGAAAUUGCUAUUCGAGUGCACAUGGAUACAUUAAAACAAGUUAGAAUUUUUCAAGAUUGUGAGCCAGGAUUAUUAGAGGCUUUAGUAUUGAAAUUAAGAUUACAAGUGUUUAGUCCCGGUGAUUAUAUAUGUCGAAAAGGCGAUGUAGGCAAAGAAAUGUAUAUAGUGAAACGUGGGAGACUUUCUGUCGUCGCCGAUGAUGGAACAACAGUUCUAGCAACUUUGGGAGCAGGUUCAGUGUUCGGCGAAGUGUCAGUUCUAGAAAUUGCUGGAAAUCGAACCGGAACCCGACGGACAGCUAACGUCCGAUCAAUUGGAUAUUCCGAUUUGUUUUGUUUGGCGAAGCGUGACUUGUGGGAAACACUUGCAGAUUAUCCUGAAGCGAGGGCGUCACUGACCGAGCGUGGAUGUCAAUUGUUGCGCAAAGAUGGGUUGCUUGAUGAAACAGUUUUUGCAAGUGCCGCACAGCAGCAAGAUUCACUUGAACUUGGUGUGUCAAAAUUAGAAGUCACUGUUGAAAAUCUUAAUGUACGAUUAGCUCGUCUUCUUGGCGAAUAUGCAUCAUCACAAGCAAAGCUAAAGCAGCGAAUAUCAAAGUUAGAAAAAUGUUUUAAUCAACAACAGGAUGAUGAAAGUGAUGAAGACAUAGAAGAAUGGAAGAAAAGGCGAUAUUCUCUCCAAUUAAAAGGUUCAAAAGGUUAUCAAAGAAGAAAAGGAGCAAAAGUAUCAACUCAAUCGAAGCUUGAUAGUGAAAAUGAUGACGACGAGCAUAAUGAUCAACAAAAUGAUUUACUUUCAAGACAAAACACAAUGUAA